GCAACUUUUUUGCUUUCGGAAAUGAACAGCAGACCUUGCAACAGUGUUUCAAGUUUGAUUUAAUACAUGAAGUCCCAUUUUGAAACACCAUGUCUAAUGAAGCCAGUUCGGAGCAGAAGCUUUCUACAACAACAGUCAGUUCAGUUGCUGUUCAGGCCGGGGAUGCCAGUAUUGUUAUAGCUGUGCUUAAGUGUGGAAAAUGGGUGAAGCUUCAGCUGGCUGAAUCAACGCCAAAUUUGUUAGAAAUUGGCAGCAAUCAAGAUGAGACUAAAAAACUACUGCAAGAUCAUGAAUUCCUCCUUGCUAAACUGAAGGCUUUGGAAGAAAAGGUGUGGGACCUGCUGCAUGAAGCAGACAAGGCUGCAGAGGAGAACAAAGACAAGAGUCAGGUUUAUGAUGCCAUGGCAGACACCCUUGGGGAUGCAUGGGAUGCCCUCAUCAUUAUGUUAGAGAAGCGACAGGCACUUCUGGAACUUACUUCAGUGUUCUUUGAAAAUGCUUUGAAGUUUGCUGUUAAAAUUGACCAAGUUGAAGAUUUCCUGAAAAAUGCCCAAGAGUUCGAUAAUAUUGACUCUCUCAGAGAACUUCUUUUGCAACAAGAGCAUCAUACAAAAGAGCUUUUGGAAAAGUCACUUGCACUUUUAAACAAAAGCCAAGAGCUAACUGAAUUCAUAGAAGAAUUCAAAUGUGAGGGGCCAAAUGUAAAUCCAGAGCUGAUCCAGGGAGCCCACAGCAGCUGCUUGAAAAUUGACAAUCUCCUUGAAAUGCUACAAGACAGAAGACGGCAACUGGACAGGUUUCUUAAACAUCAGCGCCAAGGACUGGAGCAGGUCCUGCAAAUUUGUUUGUGGCAUCAACAAGAGAAUCAGGUAACAUCAUGGUACAAGAAAAACAUCAGAGAUUACUUUCACAAGCAAAACUUAGGCUCAUCUUUAUUGGAAAAUGAAGAGUUACUUCAAGAACUUGAAGAAAUGGAAGUCAAAGUGAAAGAAUGGAAUUCCACUGUGGAACAACUAGAAGCUGAAGCACUUAAGAUCCUGUUUUCAGAGGACUAUACAGAAAAAGAACAUCUGAAGUUUUCAAAUCAAAAAAUGUGUCUGUUGCGAGAAGAGGUGUGCUUCCAUAUGGAAGAAAGGAAAGCCCUGCUACAGGAGGCCAAUGACUUUUUUCGUACUGCUGGCAAGGUACUUGAUGGUCUUGAAGGUGUUGACAAUUACCUUAAAAUCUUUAAUUCAGAAGGCUUACAUUUACCUAUCUUUACAACUAAGUAUGAGGAAUUACAUCAAACAAUUAAAGACUGCACAGCGAGUACUUUGCAAAAGGGACAAACUUUAGUUAACAAAGCAGAUUCUCACAGUUCUUGGGUGACAGAAAUUCAGAAAAUGAUGGAAUAUGUUCAAAAAAAUGUAGACAAAUUUAUCAGACAGUGUCCAGAUUACAAAGAACUUACUUUAAAGAAACAACAAUGGACUUUGUCACUUGAAGAUCAUCUAAAUAAGGUGUCGCAGUCGAUUACAAAAAUCGCCCGAGUGCUUGCAGUUGGUAUGGAAAUUGGUUCCUAUUUGUCUGAGUCGGAAAGACUUUUGAACAAACACCUUGAACUGGUCAAACAAACAAAGGAAACUUCACAUGAACUGGAAGCAGCUGAGAGAAUCAUCAAAGAUAUAGAAGAAUUUGUACCUGAGCAGGUGGCAGCUUUUUCUAGCAGAAUUGACCUUCUGAAUGAAGAACUGAAAAAAACUGAAAAAAUUGCUAAUUCAAAACUAGAAAUUCUAGAAACUUAUGUGACUUUUUUAAAGUUAUCUGUGGAGGUGAAUGAUGACAUUCAAAAUCUGAAGGAGUUCUAUAAAUCAAAAACAGUGCAAACAAACAGGGAAGUGGAAAAUAAAAUUGCAAUGGAGUCAGCUAAUAUGCAGUGGCAAAAGGCUAUAAAGAAGAUUUUUUCCACCCAAAAUAUGGGUUGCAGUUUUCUUAACUUAGUAAAUGUGGUAAAUGAGAGUUUAAUAGUGAAAGUAGAAAAAUCUGUACGAGUAACAGAAGAUAUCAUUGUCAAUCUGAGUAAAGAAAAGAAAGAGCUGACUGAUCUUUGGGCAAUCUGGAAUUUUAAAAUUACUCAAGUAAAACCCGUCCAGGAACAGCACCAGAUAUUUAAAGAGCAAUUAGAAAUGACUACCCAUGGAUUUGAAAUUCUUCAAGAGGCACUUCAGCUUGCAGCAACAGUUGACCUUGGAAGUGACCUUUUUAUUGUUUUGGAACUACAAAAAAAGCUUAACCAAAUGAAACCAGAGUAUCAGCAACUGAAUGCUGAGCUUGAGUACCUGAUAAAAUUACUAGAACUGCCAAGCCAGAAAGAGUUUCCUGUAAAAGAGAAUCCUGAGGGAAUCAGUGAUCUUAUUCUUCUCCAUCAAACAGUAGAGGACACGAUGACAGCGUAUGAUGAGAUUUUUAACAAGACAGUCAAAUUCCAUUACAUUAAAAAAGAACUGGAAUGUCUAUCAAAAUCACAAGAACUGGAUAUUCCCAGAAUAUGUGAGGACCCUGAAAGUGUGCAUCGUGUUAAAGCCUACCUUGUGAAUGCUCAGGAGAAACAUGCACAUAUCAGACAGCUGUAUAAACUUCUUAUUACCCAGGGAGUGGAUAUCUUGUCUGCAGUGCAGCAAAUUAGUUGCUUGAAUCUUUCUGUGAAGAAUCUGAAGCAGGAACUUGCUAGAUUUGAGUGUGAUAGCAUUAACUGGAGCUCCAAAGCUGAUAAAUAUGAGGAAGAACUCUCACAGUGUUUUCAACACUGCACCACUCAAGAGGAGAUAAGUGAGCUCAGAGAAUCAUUUAAGGAUCUCAAAAAGAAAUUCAACAAUUUGAAGUUUAACUAUACAAAGAAAACGGAAAAAGCUCGAAAUUUGAAAGUGCUUAAAAUACAGAUUCAGCAAGUAGAUAUGUAUGCAGAGAAAAUACAGAUUCUUAAAAAGAAGAUGGAUAAUUUAGAGAAGAAAGUAAUUGGCUCUGUAGCAAAUGAACCUAAUGUUAGAGUCUUCUUGGGGUCAAUCGGUGACUUACAAAAACAGCUGAAUGACUUUAGCAGAGUUGUGGGAGAUUACAAGCAAAAUCUGGAUCUCGUGGAGCAUCUACAACAGAUGAUGGAAGAGUGUCAAUUCUGGUUUGAAGAUGUGAGUGCAACGGUCAUUAGAGUUGGGAAGUACUCUGCAGAAUGCAAAACAAGACAAGCAAUAGAGACUCUCUACAAGCAAUUCAAUAAGUUUAUUGAGCCUACAGUGCCUCAACAAGAAGAAAAAAUUCAGCAGAUUAUAGACCUUGCUGAACGGUUAUAUGGUAUUGCAGAAGGAAAGAAGUAUGUUGAAAAAGCCAUAUUGAAGUACAAAGAAAUCAUUACUUCUGUUGAUGAGUUGUGUAGAUCUCUGAGAGAACUUAAGGAGAUUAAGAAAGAUGAGCUUUCUGAAGAGUUGGUUACUGUUCAGAAAGAAGAAAGAAAUGGUCAAGAAGCAUGUGAAGCUCUAAUUAAAGACAAAUCAGAGGAACAAAAGCAGCAGAUGGAAUUGGAUAAAUUGCUUACAAGUACAGAACGCAUUACUGGGAAGAGAAGCAGUACUCUAUCUCCUACCAAUUCUGAACAGGAGGGGAAUAAUUUGGCUGAUAUUCCAAUUAUCUGUCCAGCUGGUGAGGAUCUUGUUUCACAGGAUACAGAGCUGUCAUCUUCAGCCAAAGAGGAUAGUUUACAGACUGAAUUCCUGGCAGAAGAAAUAGCCUCCGGAGAUGAAUAUGAGUGUAUAUCACCUGAUGAUAUCUCUUUGCCACCGCUUUCUGAGACACCAGAAUCCAACUUUUUGCAUUCUGAAACAGAGCUAGAAGAGCAGCGCUGUUGUAGUUCUCCUAGUCUGCAUGUCAGUUCCUAUAGUUUGCAAAUGCAGAAAACCACCAGUAUUAAUAAAAUGAUGGAAGCGUCUGAUCUCUUAACAAAUUCUGCUUAUGCUUAUGCUACAAAUAAUAGAACAGUAAGCCCAUCAGAUCAGUUUCAGAAGUUUUGUAGCUCUUCACCAGAUUCUGGUCCAAAAGUCAGACAAGUAUCUCCUUUGACUUGUAGCUUACAAAGGAUAUCUGAAGCUAGCACUGCAUCCAGCACUCUAAGUGCAAAACCGGUAUAUAGCUUGAUGAAUGAAGUGUGCAAAACACAUUUGCAGCACCUUGAAAUUUGUGAAAGCAUGACAGAAACCCAGAAACAAUUGCAUGACUUGAAUAACUGUACUAAAACCCAGCACAGGCUGCAUGCUUUGCCUGCUGCAUUCUCAGGUUUCGUGUUUCAAUCAGACGCCAGGAGAAGCUGUCAGAGAGAGACGAUCACCCGAGAAGAGAUUAAAAGUUCAACAGAAAAGAACAGCAUGGCCAGCCUAACUGGACAGGCGCCUAAUUUCUCCCAGCUUCUCUCUAACAAAACGGUCAUGGAAGGUUCUCCAGUAACUUUGGAAGUAGAAGUAACGGGAUUUCCAGAGCCUACACUGACAUGGUACAAGAAGGGCCAGAAACUGACUGCAGAUGAGCACUUAAAGCUUUUACAAAAGGAGACAAAGCAUACUUUGUUCAUUCAGAAGGUCUGUGAUAAAGAUGCUGGCCUCUAUGUUGUUCGGGCUAAAAAUUUGAACGGCACUAUCUCAUCAAGUGCUAUUCUCCACGUGAAAGUACAAGGAAAAAAGCCAAACUUCAUACAAAAAUUUGGACAUACAACUCUGCAAGAAGGAGAAGAUUUAAUCCUGCGUUGCACUAUACAUGGAAAACCCAAACCGCACGUCUGCUGGAUGAAGGAUGAUAUCCAAGUGGUGUCUAGGGACAUCAGUAUUGAGAAAUUAGGAGAUACUUAUUACCUUUUAAAAAGAAAUGUAGUCCUUGCUGAUACUGGGAAAUAUAUCUGUGUUGCCAGCAAUGAAAUUGGAAAGGCACACUGCUCUGCUUUUGUAACAGUGAUAGAGAAAAAUAAAAUCCCAGAAAUGUUCACUGUAUCUCACACUAAAUCAGAAUGGGAAGAGGAAUACAUUUCAGAAGAAGUCAGUGUCACCACGACUCAGCUAGUACAGCCCAAUGACACACAUUGCAUGCAACAUCAAGGGCCAGUGGCUAAACAUCUACCAGUAAGGUUUAAAGAGAAAUUCUGGCUUCAAGGACUAUAUCUUGAACUUGAGAGGCCACAAAAGAUUAGCUUCAGUUUGGAGCAUGAUCCUAUUCUUGUCCUGUCUGCUGCAGAAGAUCAGAAGAUAUACUGAACUGAAAGAUUCAAGAUGGUGUUCAUUUUGUCUGCUGUGUCCAUUAGUAGAUAUUGGCCAUGGAUAAGGAGAAGAUGUAUCUUUGAGUGCUAUUUAAUUUAUAUCUAGGUUACAAUUUGUAUUUGGUCUCUUUAUA